GGAAUGCCGCGCGAGCAUCCUGGCGCGAGUGUGGGAUUUCUCAACUUUCUGUAUUUGUCUCCUCUUCCCUCUUGGAUGUAAAGCAUAAGAGCGGAAAACCCCAUCGAUCUCCAUUUGGAUAUCUCAUUUGCCCAAGAACCUCCUGUGGCUGUGUACACUGCGCGUUCAGCAUGGAACUUCAUAGAUUUUUCAUUCUCUUGCUUUCACUGACAGGUAGUUCAGCGCGAGGAGUUGAAACGCACGGAUUGUCGUACGCUUACACGCCAGAACUCUCGGAGGACGCGAUACUGGUGGCAAACAACGGCAUACACGUGCCUUUCGGGAGAUCUGUUUACAUCGAUCCGAUCAACGACUUGGUCAUUGAAGUUCAGCCUGGAGACAGGUGCAUUAUUACCGUUCUGGAUAAUGAUCCGCUGUCUCAGAGACCGGGACACGUGUCUCCUAAAAAGUUCUCAUGUGAAUUUGGUCCUAACGAUGUGAGAUACUCUCAUUUCGGUUCUAGGAGCCCUUUGAGUGACAGGGUCAAGCUGCAACUCAGGUAUGACACUCAGACUGAAACUAUUAUCAUCCCCUUUAUGCUAGAGGUGGAGGUUGUUUUCACACAAUUGGAGAUUGUUACUAAGAACAUGCCUCUUAAUGUUGAUAAACUGCGUGGGACUAGUAAUCCAAUCGGCAGAAAGGUUUUAGACUUCACCUAUGAUAAAACCUCAGAACAAUGUGAGGUAACAUCACUGGCAGCCAGCAGUGCGCUUCCUAGAUAUGGUAAAGUUGUUGAUGAGAGCAAACUGGAGAAAAUGAUGGAUUGUGAUCUGUUUCUCAAAUCAGAUAUCCGCUAUGAGCACACAUCGACCCACAAGUCCCCUAACAAGGAUUACAUCCCAAUGGUUGUGGAGCUACGGAGCAAAGAAAAUAAUUUACUGAAACAAGAGUUUUUCCAUGUGAUGAUUCGGAUAAAAGAGGGUGAAGAAAACACUCCCCCCAGACCGAGUUUUGUGGCUAUGAUGAUGAUGGAAGUUGAUCAGUUUGUUAUGACGGCUUUAACUCCUGAUAUGUUGGCUGCGGAGGAUACAGAAUCCAAUCCUGAUGAUCUCAUUUUCAACAUCACUUCUCCUCUGUCCUUUGAGGAGGGCUAUAUUGUGAGUACAGAUGAUAGGAAUUUACCUAUCACAUCCUUUUAUCAAAGGGAUCUCAAAGAUCUGAAAAUAGCAUACAAACCUCCCUCUUUGGACUCGGAUACCGAGAGGAUCUUUCAAAUAGAGUUUGAGGUCAUAGACACAGAUGGUGGCAUUUCAGAUCCUUUUGCGUUCAUGAUUGUUGUGAAGCCCAUGAAUACAUUAGCGCCAGUAGUCACUAAGAAUACUGGCCAGCUUUUAUAUGAAGGCCAGUCUAGGUCUUUGUUUACUCAGAACAAUUUAGAAAUAAGUGAUGAAGACAACCUGGACAGUGUGAGGAUAACGGUGGUUGAUGGACUGCGUCACGGUCACUUAACUGUUCUAGGCACCAACAAGAAGUAUUUUACGCCAGCUGAUCUGGAGGUCGGCAUUGUGGUUUACCAGCAUGAUGGCAGUGACACAUACAGUGAUAAUAUAAUAUUCAGAAUGUCAGAUGGCAAGAAUGAAGUUGAGUUUUUGUUCCCCAUCACAAUUGUACCCACAGAUGAUGAACCACCCAUCAUAAAUGCAAACACUGGGCUGAUUUUAUUCAAAAAUCAGAUGGUGCCCAUCUCUCAGCUCAUGCUCAGUGCAGCAGACAUCGACUCUGAAGAUUCCACCAUUACAUUUACAAACAAGCCUCCAUUUUCUGCUAUUGGCGAGGUCGUGGUGAGGCAAUCUGAAGCACCCGAGGACCCAUCCUCCUGGAAAUUUAAUGCAGAAGAUGGUGUGUAUGAGAAAGUUGUGACACAGUGGCUCCAGAAAGAUAUUACAGAUGAAAAGCUCUUCUAUAGGCACAUAGGUCCACACAUCACAGAGGCAGUUACUGAUCAGUUCGUUUUUAGAGUACAAGAUGAUGCCGAUCCUCCCAACCAAUCUGGUGAGAAUUCAUUCAUUAUUAAAAUUUUACCUAUUGAUGAUAUUCCACCCGUGCUGUUCCCAGGCAGUACUUUGCAGAUGACAGUACAUGAGUACCAGCUGACUCAUUUCAACAAGAAUGUUCUUCGUUAUACUGACUUGGACUCUGAAGACCGUGACCUGAAAUAUACAAUAACUCAACCGCCAACUGACACAGAUGAGAAUAAUCCCAUUAAAUUUGGGUCUAUUGUAUUGACUGACAGCCUGGAUACUGACGUAACAGAAUUUACUCAAGCGCAACUGAACCAUCAUAAGAUUUCCUACAGCCCACUAGACCUUGAGCUUGGCAUCACACCUCAUGUGGUGCAGUUCCAUUUCACAGUAGAGGACACUGCUGGAAACAGUGCUAAUGGAGUUUUUACAAUUUUCCUGCAGCCUGUGAACAACAAACCCCCACAGAUAAUGAACACUGGAUUCACAAUCCUUGAGAGAAGGGUGCAUGUCAUCACGAGUGCUGAACUCGACGCAAAUGACCUUGACACUGACAGUAAGCAAAUUUCAUUCACGCUAAGUCAAACUCCACAGCACGGACUUGUUCAGCAUACGUUUACUGACUUGAAAAAAGGAAGCCGUUUCAAUUUGAUGGAUAUCUCUGAUGGCAAAGUGUCAUAUAUCCACAAUGGGGAUGAAACGACAAGUGACUCUUUUAAAUUGGAUGUUAGUGACGGUGUUCAUGUUGUAACAAUCACUGUGAAGGUAGCGGUAAAGCUUAUUGAUGAUGAGACACCAAUGCUCAGCCUCACAAAGGGCACCUUUGGCUCUCGCUUGGAUGUGCUGGAAAAUGGUGCCACAGAAAUUACCACCAGUGUUAUCCAGGGAAAAGAUGAAGACACUGAUGACCUGAGGUUGACGUUCAUUGUGGAAGAAGCCCCUAAGUUUGGAGAAAUUCUGGUGAGUGGAGUUUCCUCAAGCAGAUUCACCCAAGCUGAUAUCAUCAGUGGUCUGGUUGUGUAUGCUCACACCAGCGGUGAGAUUGGUCUCCCUUCGAUAGAAGACUUUUUUAACCUGACCCUCUCUGACAUGUCUGAUGAGUGGACUGUAGGGGGUAACCAAGUAAAUGGAGUCAGUGUUCACAUCACCAUUCUGCCUGUAGAUAACCAGACUCCAGUGGUCACAGUUGGCCCUACCUUUACCGUCUUUGAGGGGGAUAAAAACACAAUUGGUAGGCAUCAUAUUAUGGUUGAAGAUGCAGACACACCAAUUGAGGACAUCCUGUGCACCAUCAUUGUUCAGCCUACAUCAGGAUAUGUGGAGAACAUCUCUCCAGCACCAGGCUCUGAAAAGUCAAGGUCGGGAACGGCAGUAAGUGCUUUUACCAUCAGAGAUGUGAAUGAAGGUCAUAUCCAUUAUGUCCAAAGCAUACAUAAAGGAGUUGAGCCAGUGGAGGACAAGUUCACAUUUAGAUGUUCAGAUGGUGUGAAUUUCUCAGAGAGGCAGUUCUUUCCAAUUAUAAUUAUUCCCACCAAUGAUGAAAAACCGGAGAUCUUUAUGCGAGAGUUUGUUGUAAUGGAGGGCAUGAAUGUUAUCAUUGACAUGCCACUCUUGAAUGGAGUCGAUGCUGAUGUUCCUGCAGAAGAAUUGACGUUUAUCAUCACCAAACCCCCAAAUCAUGGGUUCAUCCUCAAUCAGCUUGCAAGUGGCUCUGUCCCAAUCACAAAUUUCACUGUGGAGCAAAUCAAGGAAGCUUCUAGCAUAAUUUAUGAGCAUGAUAAUUCUGAAACCACAGAAGACAAGUUUGAUGUUCUUCUUACAGAUGGGAAACAUUCAGCUGAGGCCACCAUCAUGAUCAUGAUUAUCCCUGUGGAUGAUGAAACACCAAGGCUUGCCAUUAAUGAUGGGCUUGACAUUGACAUUGGUGAGACAAAACAGAUAAACAGUAAAGUACUAAAAGCUACUGAUCUGGACUCAGAUGAUGAGUCUCUUACUUUCAUAAUUCGCUAUGGCCCCGGUCAGGGCUUCCUUCAUAGAAGAUCAGCAGGAUAUGUGGAGGAAAGAUCUUCUGGGUCUCUAGAGAACAUAACAGUUGGCAUGAACUUUACACAAAACGAGGUGAACAAUGGUCUCAUUUUGUACACUCACAAUGGACAGGAAGGCAUUCGAGACCUUAUAAAGUUUGAUGUAACAGAUGGCAUAAAUCCUCUAAUUGACAGAUAUUUCUAUAUUACUGUGGGCAGCAUUGACAUAGUGUUUCCUGAUGUCAUCAGCAAAGGGGUGUCUCUUAAAGAAGGUGGCAAAGUGACACUCACAACGAACCUUCUCAGCACUAGUGAUCUCAACAGCCCUGAUGAGAACUUAGUCUUCACCAUUACAAGAGCCCCGGUGAGAGGGCAUUUGGAAAGCACAGAUUCGCCAGCUAUGCCUAUUGUGUCCUUUACUCAAUUACAGCUGGCCGGAAGCAAGAUCUACUACAUUCAUACUGCCGAUGAUGAAGUCAAGAUGGACAGCUUUGAGUUUGAGGUGACCGAUGGCUACAACCCUGUGUUCCGCACGUUCCGUGUUUCGAUUGUUGAUGUUGACAAUAAAAAGCCGGUACUGACCAUUCAUGACCUUCAAGUGACCGAGGGACAGACCAAACUCAUUACGCCCUUUGAGUUGACCGUUGAGGACCAAGACACAGCUGAGCACCUUCUCAAGUUUACCGUCACCCAGCUACCCAUUCACGGCAAACUGCUCUUCAAUAACAGUCGACAGGUGACUUUGUUUACAAAGCAGGACCUGAAUGAGAAUAUGAUCAGCUACAAGCAUGAUGGCACAAAGUCGGACAAGGACAGCUUUUCUUUUACAGUCACUGAUGGCACCCAUUCCGAUUUUUUUGUCUUUCCUGAUACCAUUUUUGAGACCCAAAGGCCUCAGACCUUGAAGAUUACCAUUGUGUCAGUGGACAACGGUGUGCCACAGAUUGUAGUUAACAAAGGUGCACCGACUUUAAAGGUCUUGUCUGCAGGUCACUUAGGUUAUCAGAUCACAAGCAAAGUCCUGAAGGCAGUGGACAGAGACAGCAGCCCUGAGGCUUUGGUUUUUCACAUUACAACACAGCCAGAGCAAGGCUACCUGAUCAGCCUGGCCCGAGGGAAUGACUCAAUCAACAUCUUCACACAAGGAGGGAACAAACUGAAGAACCAGCAGUUUCGUCUGAACUGGGCUUGGAUUUCUCUGGAGAAACCGAACUAUGCGGUGGAUGAGCAGGACAAAGUUCUCGAGGUGAUCCUAAGACGUAGAGGUUUUCUAGGUGAAACGUCUUUUGUUGGGAUUGGUACUUUGGAUGGCAGUGCCGAGAUGGAGAAGGAUUUCCUGGGAAAAUCGCAGAAGCAGGUGCAGUUUAACCCCGGCCAGACCACAGCCACAUGGAAAGUGAGGCUUCUCUCUGAUGGGAAAUACGAGCAGUCCGAGACGUUCCAGAUUAUCCUGACUGAGCCAGUGAUGGCUGUUUUGGAGUCACCAGCAAUAGCCACUGUUGAGAUUGUGGAUCCAGGUGAUGAGUCCACAGUGUUCUUUCCUCAGGCCAGCUUUGCUGUGGAAGAAGAUAUUGGAGAACUCCUGAUCCCGGUGCACAGGAGAGGAGACGUCAGUGAGGAGCUGCUAGUGGUCUGUCACACUCAGCAAGGCUCCGCCACAGGAACCGUCCCCACUUCUGUUCUGUCCUACUCUGACUACAUCUCCCGUCCAGAGGAGCAGGUCAGCAUUCUGCGCUUUGAUAAGGACGAGACGGAGAAGCACUGUCGUGUGGUGAUCAUUGACGACUCGCUGUAUGAGGGAGAGGAGAGCUUCAACGUGACCCUCAGUAUGCCUAUGGGAGGAUGUCUGGGGCCAGAAUACUCCACUGUGCUUAUCCGCAUACUGCCAGACCAGGACGACGCCCCUGUGUUCUAUUUUGGCAAUCAGGAGUAUAACGUUGAUGAGAGCGACAGCCACGUUGAAGUCCGUGUGUGGAGGACAGGGACAGAUCUUUCUAAAAAAGCUAUGGUCACUGUGAGGUCCUGCAAAACAGACCCAGUUUCUGCUGAAGCGGGGGUGGACUAUGUGGGAAUCAGCAGAAACUUGGAGUUUGCACCGGGUGUGAGCAUGCAGACGGUCCGGGUCACCAUCCUGGAUGACCUAGGCCAGCCUGUUCUGGAAGGGACAGAAAGAUUUGAGCUUAUUCUCCGUAUGCCCUCCAAUGGAAUUCUGGGAGAGCCAGCGAAAGUCACGAUCUUUAUCAACGACUCCAUUUCAGACUUGCCAAAAGUGCAGUUUAAACAGACUGUGAUGACUGCAGAGGAGAGUGAAGGUCACAUCACUGCAAUGGUACACCGCAGCGGAGACAUCAGACACAAGUCCACUGUACGCUGCUACACCCGGCAGGGCUCUGCACAGGUGGUGUUCGACUUUGACGAGAGACCCAACACUGACACGUCCAUCAUAGCUUUCUUGCCCGGUGAGUCUGAAAAACCCUGUGUGCUGAAGCUGGUGGAUGAUUUGAUUCAUGAGGAGGAGGAGGAACUGAGGCUGGUUCUGGGGAGCGCGAAGAGCGACUCGCCGUACGGAGCAUCCAUAGGCAACCAGAAUGAAACGCUCAUCAAGAUCAAGGACAACACUGACAAGCCCAUCAUCAAGUUUGCCGAGACAAAGUUCAGUGUUAGUGAGCCAAAAGAGUCGGGGCAGAUGACAUUGGUGAAGAUCCCUAUCCACAGGACAGGAGACGUUUCGAAAGUGUCCCUUGUGAGGGUGCACACGAAAGACGGCUCUGCCAUAUCUGGAGAAGACUACCAUCCCAUCUCCCUCGAUGUUGAGUUUAAAGCUGGUGAGAUCGAGCAUGUAGUGGAAGUGGAGGUUUUGUUUGAUGGCGUAAGAGAGAUGAGAGAGGCCUUCACUGUCCAUCUGAAACCAGACGAGAACAUGGUUGCUGAAAUCCAGAUGACUAAAGCCAUAGUGUACAUUGAAGAGACCAACAGUAUGGCUGAUGUCACGUUCCCUUCACUGCCUCAUGUUGUGUCACUGCUGCAUUACGAUGUUGUCAGACGAACCAAAGAUAUUGCUCACCCACCCGCUGGAUACCCUGUCGUUUGCGUCACGGCUUGCAAUCCCAAAUAUCCCGACCAUGACAAAACAGGCUCCAUCUGCAUUAGCGAACGCAUCAACGAUACACUGACUCGUUACCGAUGGCUCAUUAGUGCCCCCAGUGGUCCGGAUGGCGUCACCAGCCCCAUGAGAGAGGCUGACUUUGAUACAUUCUUUACUUCCUCCAAGAUGAUCACCCUAGACUCCAUUUACUUCCAAGCGGGUUCUAGAGUGCAGUGUGCAGCCCGUGCCGUAAAUUCUAACGGGGAUGAGGGGCUGGAACUGAGCAGCCCCAUUGUGUCUAUUAGCAUGGAAGAAGGGAUGUGCCAGCCACGUAAAUUGGGCACAGUAGGUGCUGAGCCCUUUUCUGCCAAACUGCGUUAUACAGGCGCUGAAGACCCUGAAUAUGCCAAUCUCGUCAAGCUUACUGUCAGCAUGCCCCACAUAGACGGCAUGCUCCCUGUGGUCUCCACUCGUGCACUGUCCAAUUUUGAGCUGACUCUGAGCCCCGAUGGCACUCGCGUGGGAAACCACAGGUGCUCCAAUCUGCUGGACUUUAAUGAGGUGUCCACACACCAUGGAUUUCUAACCAAGGCCAGCCGGAAUAUAGAGAGCGUCGGAGAGACUCUGCCGUAUCAGUACAGCCCCGUCCUCAGAGGCCAGAGCACUCUACGCUUUUACAGGAACCUGAACUUGGAGGCCUGUCUGUGGGAGUUUGUGAGUUAUUAUGACAUGUCUGAGCUGCUCACAGACUGCGGGGGAACGAUCGGAACAGAUGGGCAGAUUGGGGGAGCUUUAUAUCCAACCAGCAUGAGGAUCAAUGAGCAGGGGAGGCUUGUGGUGAACUUCCGCACAGAGGCUCGCUUCAGGGGGUUGUUUGUAGUGGCACAUUCUGCAGCGGAUUUGAGGGGUCAGAAGACUGCAGCAUCACCUGUGAAGUCCAUUGUAUUGAGUGCAGACCACCCAGGCUUGACCUUCAACCUUACUCUGGUUAGGACUGAGCUGACCUACAGCCAGCCUGUCCAGCAAUGGAUGUUCAUUUCAGACUUUGCAGUGUUGUUUGGAUGCCUUGCAGACUCCCCAUCCCUGCUGUACAGAUUCAAAAUUAUUGACAAAGCCCAGCCAGAGACCCAGGCCAAGAGUUUUGGGGACGUGAGUUUCAAGGCCCUGCUGGCUGUAGAUGACCCCUCUGCCCUCUCUCUGGUGAAGCAGCCAGGAUCUGACGGAUUCAGACUGGAUUCUACUCCUCUUUUCCAGGUGGCAGUAGGACGGGAGUGGUUCAUUCACACCAUCUACACUGUGCGUUCAAAAGACAACGCCAAGCGUGGCAUUGGCAAGCGAAGUGUAGAGUACCACUCAAUAACAUCAGGUGACCUUGUACCAGCGGAGGCCAGAGGACGCUCCAGACGGUCCAACAGAGAAGUCCCGGUCCUGGCGGAGGAGAUCGGACCCGAGAACAACCGAGGAACGAAUAUCAUGCACAUCGCUCUGGACCGCAGCCGUCGGCGCUCUGCAUCUGGGGAAGAGCUGUUCGCAGACGGACUGUCUCCACGGGAGCUCAGUGGACAAGGUGCGGAAGAGGACGCGGUGACUGUGGCAGGAGCCGUCGUGGGACUGCUUCUCACCGUCCUCGUGGUUAUAGUGUUGGCACUGAUGGUUCGCUCAAGGUGGACGCCUGUGAAAAAGGCCCCAAGAGUCUCGUCCAGCCUCCAGCCUGUUAUAGUUAGAAGUAGCCUUGAUAAUGGUGACAGUUCAGAGGUCUGAAAGACUAAUGGACUACUCGGAGAUAUUACUGUUCUCCUUUGUCAUACAUGGGAUCAAUUUGUUUUCUUUUCUUUGUUUUUAACAAGUGCCUCUGACAGGUUUUAUUUUACGGAGAACUCACGACCCAGUUCAUCACCAGCCCAAAGAAAUCAUUUUAAAUUACGUUUUAUGUUGUAACUCUGAAAUUCUGCUUGUCUAAUAAUGGAUUGAGGUUUACCCAGUGUUCAGAGUGCUCAGGGGGGACCCUGAGCCCUACCCACUUUUUUGAAAGUAGACUAGAAUGUGAGAAAAGAAAGAAAGAAAAAUGUGUCCUUCAAAUAUUAAUAAUUUUAAUAUUCUUUUAUGCCAGUGGAUAUAUUGACAGAAACAAGAUCUCAUUUGGUUCCAU